CGCAACAUUCCGAGGGCUUCACGAGCUCUCGCUAUUACUGGUAAGACAUCCUCGAGGCUGCAGCUCGGAUUACGGCUGUCAAAUGAUGUUCCGUCUUAAUUGACAGUAAUAUCACAUCCCUUUCCGGGGCCAGUUUCGAGAUACAUAAGAGAUGUUGCUGCACCUCUAUUAUCCUUCUGCUGGACCCUAAUCACACGAUCAUUUUCCUUUCUGACCUAGAGGCUGGGCGGCCUCUGAGUCUACACAAUGUCGGCAUCAACACUCGCAAAGUUCAUUGUUAGCAGCCUGAACUUGAUAGCUGCGUUAUCGCAGACCGCGACCAAUGGAGCUUCGCUGCUCGGAACCUUGCAAGCUCCUAAAUUGCCGGAGUUCCUCACCAGUAACCCAUUGCCGGCCGGAUUUCCUUGGGGCACAAAGACCGCUACAAAUUCCAACCCGUAUACGCAGUCGCCAAAUACUGGAGUAACACGGUACUACAAUUUUAACAUUCAGCGUGGCCAGAUUGCCCCAGAUGGAUACCAGAAGAAUGUCAUCCUGAUCAACGGUCAAUUUCCCGGACCUACAAUUGAAGCAAACUGGGGGGAUAUGAUAAGCGUGACAGUCAACAACAAUAUCGCUGGCCCGGAGGAAGGGACAUCUAUUCAUUGGUACGUAUUGCUUCAAACUCAAACUCCAUGGUACGACGGUGUACCAUCGGUACACCAAUGCCCAAUACCACCAGGAAAGUCCUUUACAUACACCUUCAAAGCUGAUCUUUACGGGACAUCCUGGUACCAUGCGCAUUACAGCGCUCAAUAUGCGGGCGGCUUGCUUGGGCCUAUGAUCAUCCACGGCCCAAAAAUAUUCAAGUACGAUGUCGACGUUGGACCGGUGUUCCUUAGUGAUUACUACCAUAGGGACUAUUUUGACCUUGUCAAACAAGUUAUGGGAAACGAAUCAAGUCCCGUCGUUUUCUCCGACAAUAACUUGAUCAAUGGAAAAAUGGAUUUCAAUUGCUCCACUGUGACGGAUGGAACGCCUUGCACGAACAAUGCAGGUCUAUCAAAAUUUAAUUUCCAAACCGGCAAGACUCACUUGUUACGCUUGAUCAAUGCUGGCGCAGAUGGAACACAACAAUUUAGCAUUGACAACCAUGUCAUGACUGUCGUGGCCAAUGAUUUUGUACCGGUGCAGCCAUACACUACAAAAAUUGUGACCCUUGGUAUUGGCCAGCGCACCGACGUUUUGGUGACAGCAACAGGAAACGACACAACCUCCGUCUUCAUGCGAUCGAAUUUGACAUGCACACCCACAAACCAGCCAGAUGCCCUGGCCGCAAUCUAUUAUCCCAAGGCCAACACCAACACAAGGCCCCAAUCCACUGCGUGGCAGCCCAAUUCAACAUAUUGCGGGAAUGAUCCCCUUGCUCAAACGGUGCCAAUUUUUCCUAUUACCCCAGCCCCAAAUCCAGCCGUCACGCAAGUCUUCGACAUGGGACUCGAAGUAAACAGUACAGGGCAUAGCCUUUGGACAAUGAACCAGGUCUCCUUCCGUGGGAAUUUCAACGACCCUAUAUUGCUUCUCGCGAAAUCCGGAAAUACUUCAUAUCCAUAUGAUCCUGAGUGGAACGUGUACAAUUUGGGCACAAAUCAGACUAUUCGAUUUGUUGUCAAUAACAAGACCCCGUUUUGGCACCCAAUGCAUAUUCAUGGCCACAACAUGUACAUUCUGGCCGAAGGAGAUGGAGCCUGGGACGGGACAAUAGUGAAUCCUAAUAAUCCGCAGCGACGCGACGUGCAGAUUGUGCGACCGAACGGAUACAUGGUCGUUCAAAUUGAUAACAACAACCCUGGAGUUUGGCCAUUCCAUUGUCAUAUCGCUUGGCACCUAGCGGGUGGUCUCUAUGCAAACAUAAUGCUUCGACCGUCCGACAUUCGGAAGAUGAAUAUCCCCUCAACCUUUAGCCAGACCUGCAGGGACUGGGCGGACUUUACUUCUACGACGGUGGUCGACCAAAUUGACGCGGGAACUUAAGAAAGCAAUGGCUUGUUGUUUCAAAAAUAAAGAGCUCGACAGGUGACUUGACUUGUGAAUUUUCUUCAAUUGUGUUUAUAUGGUGCUUUCGCGCGUUUCGAAAUCAUUUUGAGAGUAUAAUUGAAUUGUACAAUCUGUAUGAUGGUGGGCGGCAGGUACUCUAUACUUCGGGAAGACAAAGGGGAGCUGGUACUAAUGGAAAGUGUCUAUCUGCAUGUCCGGUGUUGAAGGUAGAUGUGGGAGUGUCGUUUGGGAGAAUAUAGUAGUGUACUCAAAGAAUGUUCUCUAAAUUUGAUAUUUUAUACCUGAAUUAAAAGAGAAUACAGAAAAAUAAUAAAAUUGAGAUGUGAACUCAGGGAGGACAGGUUUUUUUUGCGCAAGG